UCCAUUGCACGCAGUGCUUCUUCCUUCCUUGUCGCCUAGCCUUCUGCAACCGAGAGAGUCGCACGUCGCGUUGUCUCGUCGUAAGUCCCAAGCAAACGCCCAAAUUGUUGGGGGAAAUUGCAAUGGAUGCCAAGGACAUCUUGGGCUUGUCCAAAACCUCGCAUCCCGCAUCCCAGGAGAAGAAAUCUCGAACAGUUAAGGAGUCUCAGCGAAAACCAGAGGGCAUUUCGCGCGAGGUGUAUGCGCUUAUCGGGGGUGUUCCACCUCUCAUGCCGGCAGUGGAGCCAUUACAGCUGAAAAAACGGCCUCCGACUGACGAAAAGAUCACUUGGCAGUGGCUUCCUUUUACUAGUUCUGCUCGGAAAGAUAAUUUACAGCUCUUUCACUGGGUUAGAGUUGUAAAUGGUGUCCCACCUAUGGGUGACUACUCCUUUGCCAAGUAUAACAAGUCUGUGGACGUUGUCAAAUACACAGACGAGGAGUAUGAGAAGCAUUUGACUGAUGAUAUGUGGACAAAGGAAGAGACGGAUCAAUUGUUUGAAUUGUGUCAACAGUUUGAUCUACGCUUCAUUGUGAUAGCAGACAGGUUCCCGUCUUCUCGUACUGUGGAAGAACUGAAGGAACGCUAUUACAAAGUAUCUCGAUCUAUAUUAAUUGCUAGAGCUGCGGCAUCACCUGGAGAUGUUUCGGAGCAUCCUAUUGUUAAGGAACCUUACAAAUUUACACAAGAGAGAGAUCGCAAGCGAGCAUUGUCCAUGGUUCUCUCUCAAACAAAGCACCAAGAGAGAAAAGACUCGGAGGUUUUGGCUGAAGCCAAAAGAAUAGCUGAGUCACGCAUUGCUGCAAGGAAUGCUAAAGAGUCAGAGUUGCCUAUAACAUUUAAUGUGGAGAGGGCUAUCAUUCCUGGUGAGACUCUGUCACCUUCAUCCAACUCUGAGUUCCCCUCUGCAAUGGUUGCACCUUCAACUUCAAUGGCAGAGAAUACCUCUACUCUAGCUUCUCUCCGAAUGCUUCGGGUGUAUCUUAGGACAUAUGCGCUUGACCAAAUGAUCCAAGCUGCAAGCUCAUCUGCUGGACUUCGGACUAUCAAGCGGGUUGAGCAAAGUUUGCAAGAACUUGGGGUUAAUUUAAAGCCGAGAGUUCCAACUAAAUCCGUUUGUGCACAGCAUCUUGAAUUAAGAAAAGAAAUACUGACGCUACUGAAUCUUCAGAAACAGUUACAAUAUAAGGAGGCAGAAGGCUCAUCUUAUCGUGAUAGUCCAUACGAAACACCAGGCACACCCAAGGAUCGCACUUUUGUCCCUGAAUCAACAAGUUUUGGAGGUGAUGUAUUAGGGGAAAGAAUUGGUAAACGAGACCAAAAACGAAAGGCCCCUGGUAGGGCAGAAGCUCCAUCAUCGCCUGCGCAGCCUAAAAGGCCUAGAAAGUUAAGGGCAUCAGAUAUGUAGCUCCAGAACUGAGCAAGCAAAUUAGCUCUGAGUUGACGUGGCAUGCGGAAUGCAUAGUUUAAUUGGUGCUCAUCCGGUAUAUUACAUUGCCAUUAUAUUGAAGUUUCAAAUAUAAGAAUAAUCUAAGUAGGAGAAGACGAUGUAGUUUCUAUCCUUCAUGUAGUUGGUGGUUAACAGUGACGGGCGAUGCACGUCCACCGAAUCCUUUCUGAUGUAGUAUAAAUAGUCACAAUCAGGCGUUAUAACAUUAGGUUUAAACUAUGUGAAAAGCUGUUUAAUGUUGUAUUUAUGUAAAUACAUCAUGUAAGAAUGGCGUUCGAUGGCCCUCGCUAAAUUUUCUUUGAAUUUCAGUAGUAGAUUGCUAGUUAGCUCAUUGA